AUGCGAGGAAAUAACCGGCCUUCGUUCGCGUGUAUCCCGUGCACCUUGCGCAAGGUGAAGUGCGACAAGAACAUUCCGUGUCGCAAUUGCGUACGACGCAAGCUUGCUCAUGAGUGCCGUCGAAAAGAGCCGGUUCCAAUUAUAAAUAAACCCCAUGAUACACCUCAAACAGACCCCAAGUUAUUCAAUGACACCAAAAUUUUCCACUAUCUGUACUCCCUUCGACUGCUGACCCACGGAACCACGCAGAUCGCCGGCCUCGUGUCUACGGAUGAGCACUUCAAGUUCACCAAUUGGGAUCAGUACGCCAGAGACUUUCCUAUUUUGGUUGGAAAACUCACCCCAGAGUUGUCCAGGACUAUUUGCGGUUACGCGUGCAAUUACACCACAUUUAUCCACCAAGGCAUAGUCAACGAAUUAUUCAUGAAAGACCAUGAUAACUUCUGGGACAUCUACGCUUCCAACGACAGAGACUGUCUCAACCACUUUACAGAAAACACAAUCAAAACCAUGUCGUCCAAGGACUAUUACUACUGGAUGUCGCUCUUUUAUGCAAUUCUGUCGACCGGAAUGUAUUUUGGAGCCGACGAUCUGCAAUCCAAGUCUGUGUUCACGCCCGAGCAAUUGGCGGACUUCCCGCGAGUCUUCUUCCGAGCGUCGAUCGACUGUCUGUUUAAAGCUGGCGCGUUCGAGCACGCCGACGUGCGCGGCAUCCAGAUCUUCUGCGUUCUAUCGAUGUGCUUGCACGCGCUUGGUAGCACGUACCUCCACAGAAUUCUGCUACGGGUCUCCAUCGAGGCUACCAAGACGCUGGGUCUGGAUAGCAUCAAGGAAACCGGCGACUCGACCGUAGACUACCAGACGGAAAUCUGCAAACGACUGUUCCACAGUCUGUUGAUCAUCGACUCGCUGUCGAACUACCCAAAACGGUUCAUCGAGGACUACUCCACGCCGCUGCCGUCGAUCUACUCCACUGACCAUCUCCUGGGCCGCACAGACUCCGACCUGCAGUCGUUCCCCGAGGCUUGCGCCAACGACGACAUUGCCGGAGUCGUGUACGAGCGACUCAUGGUGGAGCUCGGGCAGCUCAAACACGAAAGCUACAUCACGCCGACCGCCAGCGUGCUGAUCUCGUGUCUUGACAAGAUGCAGCACCUCGUCAAACGUCUCGACACCUACUUUGGCACCCAAAAACGGUCCAAAGAUGACUACUCCAUUCGCCAGUACGCCAAAUACCUGCUAUUCUCCUCCGUCACUAGAGAAAGUCUUGAGCUGGGUAUCCGGCUGCAAACUGUCGUGGGGACCGAGAUUUGGGCCACGCAGUAUCGCGAAAAGUGUCUAAGUCUUGCAAACCAGCUACUUUUCCACAGCACCUCCGACAACAUCCCCUACUUCUACAACAGGUACUGGAUUGUCAUCCAACACCUAAUCUACUCGUGUCUGUUCAUGCUGCUGGACAUGUUGAUGUUCCAGAGCCCGGACGACCAGCACAAGCUCGAAUGCGUGCGAAUGACGUUCCCAACCAUCAAGAAACUGCGCUCGUACUUCACCGUCAAGGUUGGCUUUGCUAUUAUCGAGAAGUUGAGCUACCUGGUGUCACGUGUGCGCAUGGACCACCUGAAAAACGAGGCGAUCGAGGCGAUCUCGCUGCGCGAGUUUCUGCGCGAGAUGGAGAUCAUCAACCCGUCUGUGCCCAAGUUCUCUAGGCCGAAGCUGGUGCCAGAUUUGCAGGAGUCGCAGUAUCUGCGGUUUGGCAACGCCAAGGAGCUGUAUGGGGCGCCUGGCUACUUGUCAGCCACGUCGGGCAACAUCGACAACCCGCACAACAAUAUUCUCACGUCGUCGGUGCUUGACGACAAGGGCUGGUACGAGUUCCUGGAGUUCUUCUUUGGCGGAGAUGCACCGCCUGCGAUUGCAGAUAUCUGA